CGACAGGAGAGGAGACAUCGACUCCGUACCAGAGCUUCUGAGGAAUAUAUUUAGACAAAAAACAAAGAAACAAGGCAAAAGAUACAGCCCCAUGUAGCAGUGGCAGUACAGAGAGGGAGACAGGGAGUCCCAGGUGGGGUUGUGAGUCCCCAGAGCCGAAUGAUGGGGCCAUCCCUGCCACAUAGCCUCAGAGUUGGACUUUGACAUCAGGAGCCAAUGCUCAUGUGAUGGUGACACACAAGAUGUAAAAUGGGUAUUCAUCACAAAGAGGCUUGUUAAAUCAGAAGAUCCAUUAAAGCAAAGAAGGCAGAACUUAUGUGUCUGUACUGCAAAAAAAAUAUUAAACCAUGACAAAACAGCAGAGACUGAAUAUUUCCACUGAAAAAUGCAGGCAUGAAGUGAAGCUUUGAGGAAAGCUACAAAAGUGAACAGACUUCAAAAGACAUUUGCACCUUUUGAAUCAGCUUAUCAACCUCUUUGGAACACAGGAAAGGUCAUGACCCAGUUGCCAUGCGCAUCACCACGGUGACCAGCCUUUCUAGUCCCUCCCCCCUCCUCCUCUUAUUGGCCCAGCUACUGUUGUGGCUCAUCCUCCCAGGCGAAGGGACAGUGGGAGCCGUCUCUACCUGUCCCGCUCCUUGCAGUUGUUCUAAUCAAGCGAGUCGAGUGAUCUGUACAAGGCGAAACUUGGACGAGGUGCCCGAGAGUAUAUCAAACAACACUCGAUACCUCAACCUACAGGAGAACUCGAUACAGGUGAUAAAAUCAGAUACAUUCAAACACUUAAGGCACCUGGAGAUCCUCCAGCUCUCCAAGAACCAAAUUCGUCAGAUAGAGGUGGGUGCAUUCAAUGGCCUCCCGAACCUCAACACUUUGGAACUGUUUGACAACCGCCUCACACUGGUGCCAUCACAGGCUUUCGAGUACCUCAGCAAGCUGCGGGAGCUGUGGUUACGAAACAAUCCCAUUGAAACCUUACCAGGCUAUGCCUUUCACCGUGUCCCCUCACUGCGGCGUCUUGACCUUGGUGAACUCAAGAAGCUGGAUUAUAUUUCUGACGCAGCUUUUGUUGGACUCAUCAACCUGCGCUACCUUAACUUGGGUAUGUGCGGCCUGAAGGACAUCCCUAACUUGACAUCCCUGGUGCGACUAGAAGAGCUGGAGUUGUCUGGGAACCGUCUGGAAAUCAUCAGACCGGGUUCCUUCCAAGGCCUGGAAUCUUUGCGCAAACUGUGGCUCAUGCAUUCUCAAAUGUCUGUCAUUGAGCGCAAUGCCUUUGAUGAUCUCAAGAACCUAGAGGAGCUCAACCUAUCUCAUAAUUCCCUGCAUUCAUUGCCCCAUGAUCUUUUCACACCUCUGCAGAAGCUGGAGAGGGUGCACCUCAAUCAUAACCCAUGGGUGUGCAACUGUGAUGUGCUGUGGCUAAGCUGGUGGCUUAAAGAAACUGUACCGAGCAACACAACCUGCUGUGCACGAUGUCAUGCGCCACCCUACCUGAAGGGAAAAUACAUUGGAGAGCUGGACCAGAGCCAUUUCACAUGCUACGCCCCUGUCAUUGUGGAGCCACCCACUGACCUCAAUGUGACCGAGGGCAUGGCUGCUGAGCUCAAGUGUCGCACUGGUACCUCCAUGACCUCUGUCAACUGGAUCACCCCAAACGGAACCCUAAUGACCCAUGGCUCCUAUCGGGUCAGGAUUUCCGUGCUGCAUGACGGCACACUUAAUUUCACCAACGUAACUCUACGUGACACGGGCCAGUACACCUGCAUGGUGACCAACUCAGCAGGGAACACCACAGCAACUGCUGUUCUGAAUGUGACUGCAGCAGAUGUCAGCGUCAACUACACCUACUUCACCACGGUCACUGUGGAAACAGUGGAGACCACAGGAGAGGAAGAUUCCGCCUUGCGUGCCAUCAAUGAGACCUUUAUCCAUAUUACUGGCCCUACACCUUCUGGGCACCUCUGGCAUGUUGUCCCCACUACAGCCUCUUCGCUCUCGAUUCUUGGCUCAUCAUCCUCACCCCGUGCAACCAAACCCACUUUCACCUUCCCCAUAUCUGAACCCAACUACCCCUCUGGGCUUGACGAUGUGAUGAAGACCACCAAGAUUAUCAUUGGUUGCUUUGUGGCCAUCACCUUCAUGGCUGCAGUCAUGCUGGUGGUGUUUUACAAGCUGAGGAAACAGCACCAGUUGCACAAACACCAUGGGCCGGCACGAGCCAUUGAGAUCAUUAAUGUUGAAGAUGAGAUUGGAGCAGGAACAGGCCUUCAUGGCAGUGGCAUCUCAGGAGGUUCCACAGUACCACAAGUAGGGUCCAGCGGAGGCAGUCAGAGCAUGCGACUUCACCACCCAGAAAUUGUCAACCUCCCCAACCUUGCACGAGCAGAGCAUCUCAACCAUUACUACAAAGCCCAUCACUUUAACAAUAACAUGAUAGUUCUAGGCCUUGGUGGAGUUUCUGGAGGCCUAAACAAUAACAACAACCCUUCUCCUUGCUCCCAGGCCCAGACUACCUCCAUCUCUUGCACACAGAUGCCAGACUAUGCAGGUAGCACACCAUGCUCCAUGCCUUCUUCGAUGCCCCUUCCAACCCUUGGCAUCCACGGGUCACUGAAAGGCCUGAUGGGCAAGGGGCAGAACCCACAGAUUGAGCCAUUGCUCUUCAAGAGCGGCUCCAAGGAGAAUGUCCAAGAAACCCAGAUCUGAAAUUGAGGAAGAGAGAGAGGGAGAGAGAAAAUGGUAAAUGUACAGAUUAACGAUCGAGAAGGAGUAUCAGGGAGAUAGAAACAGAUUAAGAGUAUUGGCUGUUCAACCCCUAUGGGUAUGUUCUCAGGAGUAAUUACAAAGUUAUGCCCAGUAUUAUAUGAAAUAUUACCUACAAAAGAAUAAGACACAGCUGUGAAAUCACUACAAAGUAAAUGCGCUGGCAGAGAGUGUCAACCUCACUGCAGUAGAGAUCACAGUCUUUGCCACAAUCUGAUCCACACAUAUUAAGGAUAUCAUUGAACAUCAGCAAACAAUAACACACUUGUCAAAACAAUAUGAAUCAAUACAUUACUUUUCAAUGCAGGAUUGAUAAGUAUGUUCUAAUCUUGCACCAAUCUGUGCCAAAGCAAAAUCUUUGCACAUCAGCAUCACUACGCAUGUGUACAAACUCAAUCUUCGAAGAUGAAAAGGUCAAUACAUAUGUGGGUAUACAUCCUCAUAUACAGAACUCCAUUAAUAAAGCAGAGAUGAUACAAAAAUCAAAACACAUCUUAGGCACCAUCAGGUAGGAGGUGUAUAUAAGAAUUCAUGAAAAUUUCAGCAGAACCUUAAAGUAAAUCCAAAUAAUUACUGACAAAAUUGGCUGAGAACGAAAGAUUACCUGUGCUAACGGUUUAGCGUGCAACAGAUAACAAAAAGGAUCAUUACAAAUUUGUAGAGGUUCACAGUCCUACUCAAGGAAAUUGGAUUAAUAGACCAGCACUGUGUAUAAGGAUUGUGUUUCAUGAUGAUGGACACAGUUUCUCCCCCCUUUCGCAAUGGCUCUCACAGUUGAGGAGAAAAUGAACCGAAUGAGCAAAAAGACAAUGAAAGAUAUACAGAUUUAAAGAGAAUAUACAAACUAUGAAAGUAUACAUGAUAUAUAAAUAUAUUUUCAUUCAGAGAAAUAAAUUAUGAAGAAUCUUUACAUUUUUCUGACUGAAAGCCACGGCUUUUGAAGAAUUUAGCAACUGCAGUUGUAGCGCUUUGUCACUGAUAAAUCCUUUUUUUUCUGCUUAAAAACACAUCGCAAACUGGUACACCCUCACUGGACAGAGGGAAAUGUUUGCAUAUAAGAAUUUUGGAAAUUGUAUUUGAUUUCAGAUUCUUUGGCUUUGUUUUUCAUAUAAGUCUUAAAAGGUCCCUUUCUUGUUCUUUAAUUAACAGGGUCAUUGAGGAGAAGCAAUUUUAAUUCACAUUAUAAAUACACUACAGUAUGAAUGUGCAGGUCUUUGAGAUCCAAACUGGGUCAAUAUCAGUUUUCACCAUUAUUAACAGAAUCAUUAAGACAAUAAUGAUGUUACUAUGUAAUGCAAUGAAAAUAAGCUGCAACGGUUGAUCUACAUGCUGCUAUUCUAGUAAAAUGGGAAGUUGUGAAAUCUGAUUAAAAAAAGAGGCUAGUGUUGAUAUUGUUUUACAAUUACUAUCAUCAUUAUUGAAAAGUUCCAAAAGCAUAGCAAAUUUAGUCAGUUUCUUUAUUUUUACCUUGAGGUGGUGUUUGUAUUUCGUUGUGUAGAAAGUGUCGCUACAGUUGAUAAUCCCCUCAGUUGGAAUAACAGUGGAAGUACUGACACUGACAACUUUUUGCUUGAAGCACCAUGAAGCCGCAACUACAAUGACAAAAACUCCCAAAAAAAGGAAAUGGAUGGGCCUUAAAAUGGCUCCCUCAAUGGCCUGUUUUUGUACAAGACAAAACUGGGACCCUGCCUUUUUUGCCAUGAUUCAGAGCAGAACACAAACUCUGGUGAUUCCUGCAGGGUUGAAGUGGAUUAUAGUGAACACUGUGUCCAAACAUGUGGACGGAACUACUGUUUGAGCAGAGUUUCUGAAAGCAAAUGGAGGACAGCAUUUGAAAGGUAAGAGAACCCCACUCAGUGAGUGAGAUUGGAGUUUGGAAAGCUUUUUUAAAAAUGAAAAUGGACAAAUAAAUGAAAACUAUAGAAAC